AUGGCACCAACAGAAGCAGAACUUCUUGCAAAUUACCUCAUACAGCCAUCUUCUUUGACCGCUAUCGUCACACUCGAGCAAUUCAAAGCCCUUUUCCCCCGUCCACUACAAUCCUCACCUCAGAUUCGAUCACUCUUUCGAGAUCUACAAGCUCAACGCACAGAUCUUCUCGACCAAGUCGCCGAGAACAUCGCACAUGAAGCGAAACGAGGGAUCGCAAUGCGGCGAGAAGUCGUACGGGCUAAGCGCGAGGCAGAGCGAGAGGAUAUAGACGCCGAGAUUGAGAUGGAGCGAGCAUUAUUUGGAGAUGCUUCAGGUGCAGCGAGUGCCAAACAUACUCUCAACUCUGUUAUUCCAGAACUUGAGGGUGCCGCAGGUGCACUACAUGCCGAACUUGCACAUUUGAAAGAGGAAGAAGCAAUAUUGCUCGACUCUGUACAACAGACUAUAGGAGAAUUGAGCGAUCUACGAUACGGGAAAUUCGCCAAUGGUCGCAUAAGCGAGGGGGUUAUUGAUGGCCUCAAAAACGUAGAAGCAGCUUGCGAAAACAAAUCAUGA